AUGGCUUACAACGACGACUCUGUUCGAGCAAAGCUCUCCGCGCUCAACGAAACCCAGGAGGGCAUCGUUACUGUCGCGCAAUGGGUCAUGUUUCAUAGACGCCAUGCGGAUCGUACUGUGCAGCUCUGGCUACAAAAACUUCGAGAUUCUCCGGCGAACAAGAAGCUCAAUCUCAUCUACCUUGCCAAUGAGGUCGCUCAACAGUCCAAAGCUAGGCGCAAAGAUGAUUUUAUCAUUGCAUUCUCUCCAAUCAUUGCAGAAGCCACAGCAGUCGCAUACAAAGGUGCAUCUAGUGAUAUUCAACAAAAGAUUCGACGGGUAGUCGAGGUCUGGAGACAACGUGGUGUUUUUGAGUUGCCAAUUCAAGAAGCUGUCGAAGCUCGUGUUAAUGAAUUGGACAAGAACCGUUCCUCAGGGAAGAAGCCUAUGCUAGGCGGCUCGCUGUUUAGUGCAGGUUCUGUGCCGCCCGAGCUCCAGCCACUUGUACAACUCCAACUCAACGUCUCAAAGGGCUCUGUGGCAUCCGGUACGGCGGUCAACACAGCCAAUGCCGAGUUUGACAAGAUGAAUGAUCCUAGCACACCAGCUCCUCCAGCUCCGGUGCACGCAGCUCGUUUGAGCCAACUUCUCAAGUCCUUAGCGAAUGCUGAAAGCUCGGUUUCGGAGAUCAUUAAAUCACGUCAGGCACUUAUGGAAGGUCUUGAGAAGAUGCUUGAAAGUAACCGCACUGCUCUCUCUAGAGAGACCGCCCUGUUGACACAGAUGGGUGAGCGCAAGGCGGAGACGGAAGUUCGGAAGCGUGAGGUCGAGGAUGCGAUUAUGCGUGGACUUUCUGCGGACGAAUCAUUGGCCCCGGCUGAUAAUGCAGGGGGGCUAGAAGAGCCAUCUCGGCCUACCGUUGAAGCUCUGACUCCCCCGCCUGUAGAGUCCCUUACUCCUACGGGUUCACCUGCCGUGAAUGACGGUGACGCGCAUCAGCCUCAGCCGCAUCCUUUCACCUUGUCGGAUGAUCACCAAAUGGAUUGGUCUUCGCAAAUGGAUUCCGGUCUAUCUCUCGAACAAUCUGCCGGGGAUGAAUCGAGGAAUGGUUUUGAUUUGUGA